AAUAAUUAGAGCUUAGGUAGAAAUAAGCAAAGCACUCUGGUCUCACUGACUGCCGGUGUAUCUUAACAACAGGAAAUAAUUGAGAAGACUGAAGCACUGAGUCUUUAUUACGCUACAAUUCUACUCCUUCCCGGGAUUUGUUGAAUUGUUGUAUUUAUUUAGAGGAAGCAACAAUUUCUCAGAAUGGAUCUGCUCCUAGAUUUUGGCUGAUUAGGCUGGAUUAUUUUUUAAUUAGUUUCUUAAUGAAUUUUUCGACAACAAUUGAAAAAAAAGAUUGUGAUACAUUUACCAUGUCUGUGGCUGCCCUGUUUAGGGGCAAGUUGGGGACAAAAUCCCAGGAAAGCCCUGUCAAGCAUCCAAACACUGUGGUUCUACCCAACCAUGAUGAGGACUAUGAUGAUGAUGAAGAUGACUCCAAGGUAGGCCUGAGCAGAGAGCCUAUUCGCAGGAACUCACGCUUUUACCGUUCAAUGAGGAAGAAGAGGAUGGCCUCAUCUGAACACUCUGAAAGUUCUCCCAGGUCUGGUGUGGACAACAGCUCAUUAACCACAUCACUAAACUCGUUUUGUAAGACUCCAUCGCCGCAGAAAUCAUCUGAUUUGCAUGGAGCUAGACGACCUGUGUUGCCAAGCAAUGGGGAGAACAGCAGCAGAUUGUAUGGUCUGUACAACAAGCAUGUUGUGAAUAAGGGAAGAGGAGGUGCGGGAGGAGAGAGUGUGGACAUAUCUACAGCCUCUUACAACCACAACAGCACCUUAAUAGAAGACAACACGAUCUUAUACCGGACUCACAGCAUUCAGAGUGGAGACAUCAAACAGCUCUCUGAGCAAACCACCGCAGCCUGCACGGUACGCGACAUUGGAGGGACCAAGAGCUUGGGAAGGCCCAACCCAGAGGGAACUGACCGGGAUAUCUUCACCCACAGGUUGCUGAGCAAUGGCGGGAACUCCAAAACAAUCAGCCACGGCCUUAAUAUUAUCAAAAAUAUCGCUUUCUUGUAUCAGGAAUACAGAGAUACAUCUAAGAUGCAGGAGAUUGAACAAAGACGUCAACGUGAGCAUCUCUCCCCUAGUGGCAUGUUGGCAGGGUCCAAUGUCUCAUCAACACCAGUGUUACAGCUCCAGCUGAGGAACAGUGCUCGUUCACUCAGCUUAUGGCAGAACCUUGAAGUAGUGCAGGCCAGUGGACUGCUUACCCAGUUGCCACCUAAAGAAAUUAUAAUGCAAGAGGCAAUGUUUGAGCUUAUUACUUCCGAGGCAUCGUACUACAAGAGUUUGGAGAUUCUAGAAACUCACUUCCUUCGUAACGCAGAUUUGAUAAACAUUCUCAGUCAAUCUGAUAUGCACUUUCUAUUCUCCAACAUCGAGGAAGUCAUGAAAGCCAGUGAACGGUUCCUGAUGGAUCUCGAACACAGAAUUGAGGAGUCUAUUUUGAUUUCGGAUGUAUGUGACAUUAUUCAUCACCAUGCUGUUGAGCAUUUCAACGUCUUCAUCCAAUACGUCAUUAACCAAGUCUACCAGGAAAAAAACUACAGACGAAUUCUUGAGGGAAACCAGACAUUCCGGGAGAUCAUGGCAACAUUGGAGAACCAUCCAUGUGUGAGAGGACUGUCCUUUACAUCAUUCCUCAUCCUUCCUUUCCAGAGAAUCACAAGGCUCAAGUUGCUUGUACAAAAUAUCCUGAAAAAAACGGAAGAAAACUCUAAGAGGGAAGCCAAUGCAAUUAAUGCCCACCAGCGACUUGAGCAGAUUGUCAAGGAGUGUAACGAGGGUGUUCGAAAAAUGAGUCGCACUGAGGAGCUUAUCAGCAUUGAGAAGACAUUAGAGUUUAAAUCUAAGUCUGUACCCAUCAUCUCCCACUCCCGUUGGUUGCUAAAGAAGGGUGAGGUGCAGCUCAUGGCAGGACCCAAGACCACCAGGACAUUGCGAAGCCGCAAGCUCUAUCAACCAAUUGUCUUGUUCCUUUUCAACAACCUGCUGCUGGUCACCAAGCGCAGCUCCAGCGGAGACAGGUUCCAAGUUCUUGACUCAUGUAAGCGGGCAAUGUUGAGAACCGAAGACCUGGAGGACCAAGGCCAGCUACUCGCUAAUGUUUUUAAUCUUAAAUUGCUGGACAACCAAGAAGAACAUCAAGUGAACUACAUGCUCAAGACCUCAAGCAUGAGUGAUAAGCUUCGAUGGAUGUGUGCUCUGACUCCCAACCGUCGCACACGGUUUAUGUCUACCUGUGCACACGACUCAGAUUGUUUGCAGGUGCAGUGUAUUCAGUCUUAUGCCACUCAGGAGCCGGAUGAACUUUCCAUUGAGAUGGCUGAUGUUUUGAAUCUCUUGGAGAAGACAGAUGAUGGCUGGAUGAUGGGUGAAAGGCUUCAUGAUGGCGAAAAAGGUUGGUUCCCAAGUCGACUUGUAGAGGAGAUCCAGAGUAAGGAGGUCCGAGCUCAAAACUUGAGAGAGAUAUUUAAAGUUCAUCUGGCUCAAGAGGGAGCACCAGGUUUCCAAAGUGAAGGAAGGACUGGCCUAAGAGGGGGGAGGCCCAACCCAAAAUUCUCCAACUUCUUCAGUUCAUGUAAUGAUCAGAUGGAAAACAAGUAAAGUAUUUGGCUUCCAAAUAAUGCAUGUGAUUUAUCUACUGUACAAAACUAUCUUGUUCAUUGAAUAUUAAACCACGGACCAAUGAAAUGUCAUAGCUUGGCUAUUACCAUACAGUGGGAAAAAUUAAUAUUUAAAUUCUAAUUUCAUAAAUUUACCCGCUUACAAAAUAUGUCCAGAACAUUAAUAACAUAAUGACAACAGAUAACUCAUAAUUAUCUCAAGCAAGUUGAGGCAACAGUUAACUGAUUCAUUAGUCACACAUUUGAGACACAUGAAGCUUUGGGGCUGUUUGUUCCUCUGACACCAUUCUGUGCUUUCUCAAUCAAUCUAAUACAAAUUAAUCUAUACAAUGUAUUUAUUCAUAAGUUUAUUUUUUACAUUGUCUAUCUUUGUUACAAUAAACUUCCAUCAAAAUUAUGAACUGUUCAUAUUAUUGUCAGGGGGUAAACUAAACAAAAUAAGCAGGGCGUCUAAGACUUACUUUCCCCACUGUAUGCUACCGAUCAAUCAAAGCAACUGGAGGCAUGUUGCAUGUCUCAUAAAUGUGCAAUAAAGGGUUUUUGUUUCAUAUGCCCUUUAACCACGGUGCGUGAUAAAUGAAGAAUAAAAAUUAUCUCGAGAGCUUUUUUGGGGAUUAAGAUGGCCGAUACCCCAAAUUGUGUUCCAACUAACUUAUUGUGAAAAUAAUGUAAACGUCCCUCCGAUGUAUGGACAGAGUUUAAAACUUUGAUCCAGUUCAUUCAUUUCAUUGUAAAAUACAUAAAAACAAGGAACGCCAAUGAUGAGUUAAUAGUAAAAAAGAACAAGUGAAAUGUUACUUGACCCAAAAUGUAAUUUUGAUGUAUGACUCACUGAUGAGAGCUUUGAUUAUUGUUUGAUUGUUAAUUAUUAAAAAAAAUCAAAAAACAAUAGCCCUAAGAAUUGGUUUUGACAAAAUACGUUUUUAGUGUUCUCGUGAGACGUGUAGAAACGCCACUCAACACCAAGCCAAACCGGAGUCAAUGAAGAGAACGUCGUUGUAAGUUUGACCAUUUACUUUUGACGAUUCGUCAUAGACAAGAUGGUGAUAAACUGAAAAGAACAAAGAGACACAAAAACACUUAUUGCCUGUGUACAUAUUUGUCUACAAUGACAUAUGAAAAUGUAACGGUAAUGUCCCAAAAUGUCCAGCAGAGGGAGACUCCCGUCUGCCUGAAUGACUUGAACACAUUGUAUCCAAUUCGACAAUUAUAGUCAACAUAUCGGCACUAUUACACUUUUUUUAACGUAUCUGACAUGUUGUUAACUUAUUAAAGACAACUUACGGCAUUGCUUCUUCGCCGCUUUGUGUAGGAUGGCAACAGAAAUAAAUUACUACAGAAGACCGCAACAUGUAUGACUUGCUUUCGAACGAAUACCGGAAGUCAACCAACCGGAAGUAAUGUAGCGGAAGUGACAUCAUCUAACUGCUGUUUACCGAUUAUAGCAUAUAAUAAAUAUAAACAACUUUAGCUCCAAAUUAAAGCAUUGCAGUCAAUAAUACAAAAAUAUUAUCAAGUAAUUAUUUAAAAAAUAUUAACAAUUGACUUUAGGACAACACAAUGUUUCUUAUAAUUAAUCAUAGCAUAUUGAC